AAGGAAAUCUGACCUUCUGCUGCGUUUCUGUCUCUCUCUCUCUCCCUCCCUCUCCCUCCCCCGAAGACAGAAUGAUCAGGACACACACAAACAAAUGGCUGCUGCAGGACUGAGCUCAGUCAGCGACUCACUCCCCUCCGAGUUCACCCACUGAGUGAGACGUGUUUUGGUUGAAGCCUCUGUGUGUUUUAAUUUUUCCUGUAUCAUCCGCGAUCUUUAAUCGGCCCGGACUCCUCUAGCCCCAGCCCCAGCCCCAGCUCCAGCUCGAGUUAGCGAGGUUAGCCAUCAGACGCUAACAGACUCUGGACCUGCACGCUAAGACCGAGAGGUUUAAAGGAAACGUGAUUUAAAGAUGUCCAAGCCGCCCAAUUCUCCAUCCAGGGGCUCUCGGUCCAGAUCUAGGUCCCGAUCGCGGUCCUAUUCGCGGUCUCGCUCCAGUAGCCGUUCACGCUCAAGAUCCAGAAAGCAUCGCUACAGCUCUAGAUCUCGCUCCCGUUCACGUAGCCGGGACAGAGAAAGAAACUACCCCACCAGAGAUUUUCAGGGAAAUCAUGGAUACACUCGUGGGUUCCGUGGCUACCGGAGGCCCUUUUAUCACAACCGUGGCAGGGGUCGCGGUUACUUUCCCCGCGGCUACCACAGGGGAGGUGGUAACUAUGGUUACCGCUCCAACAACUGGCACGGUGGCCAUCGUGACCAGCAGCAAUCCUACGAGCACCACUCGCACAGCCCCAAGAGGGGCCGCUCUCGUUCACGCACCCCUCGCAAGCGAUCAGGCAGCCGCAGCCGUUCGCGUUAUUCUGACAGGUCGUCCUCCCGCUCCCGCCGCUCCAGCUCUUCUUCACGUUCCUCCUCUCCACGCCGACGGAGCUCGGGAAAACCCCACUCUAAAGACUCUAAGAGCAAAGGGUCACCAGGAGAGGGAAAAGGCCCUAACAAAGAAGAAGAUAUUAAACCUUCGGCGGCGGUUCCUGAGGAGCCACCAAGCAAAUGGGAGAGCUUGAGUGACUACGGCACCAGCCCCAAACAGCCUAACCAGGGGCAGACUUCAGCAGGAGCUCAGCCCGAAGUCAAAGUGUCUCUUACUGGAGCUUCUGGCAAUGGCGCUUCUCUUUGGAGAAGCAUUGACGGCAGCAAGAGCCCCCCAAAGCAGGCGUCGUCUUCAUCUGGCUUUGGCUUCUUCUCAAAGGAAGACAUGAAGGCGGGAGACAAAUCGGCGCAAAUCUCCACUGCAUUCAAAAAGUUUUUGGCAGAGAAGAAAAAGCCAUCGUCAGAGUGGGAUAACGGUCAGGAUGAAGAUGUGAAUUCUGGAGAUGCUGAAAAGGAGAAGAGUAGGAAGCAGAGAGGCCUUUUCGACGUGGAGCCGGCCUAUGGUGAGGCGAAGCCUGAUAAAGGACUCCCAUUCCUGGAUGAGGAGGAAGAAGCAUACCUGAAAAGCCUGAAGGAAAGAAAGACUGAGGAUGAAUCCAAGUACAAGCCCAAAGGGACUCUGUCUGCACGGGAAUUGUUUGAGGAACGUUUCGGGAAAUGGGAUGACGACUCCAUUGCCUCAAACAAGGACUCAGCACAGCGGGAAGAAGAAGUGGACGAGGACGAAAACGUGAUGGAGGAGCUGUACCGAAGCCGCAAGCAGGCAGCCCGCAAGGAGGAGAAAGCCUCCAAGAAGAAAGAGAAGAAAAAGAAUCGUGUGAGUCCAUCUUCUCCGUCGCCUUCUAGAAGCACAGAGAGGGGCAGGCCGCUCUUCCCUGCGGCGAGGGAGGUGUCUCCUCCAGCAAGAUCAUCUAAGAAGAAAGAUCCUGAAUUCAAUUUUAGUCUGAAAACUUUCAAUGAGGAAGCUGAGAGCUCGUCUGGUGCAUUAGCCAAAGAGAGACGUUUGACUCAGGAUCUAGUGCACCCCGUUAAGAAAGAGCAUGAGGAGUUCCGCUCCAUUUUCCAGCACAUUCAGGCUGCUCAGCUCCGCCGCAGCCCCUCAGAACUGUUUGCUCAACACAUAGUCACCAUUGUUCAUCACAUCAAAGCUCAACACUUUCGCUCGUCUGGGAUGACUCUGAAUGAGCGAUUCGGCAUGUACCAAAGAAAAGCGGCACAGAUGGAAAUGAUGAGGCAAAAAAAGAGUCCUGAGAUCCACAGGAGAAUUGAUGUGUCUCCAAGUGCUUUUAAGAAACACUUUCGUCAGUUUGAGGAAAUGGAAGAGAGCGAGUACAAGGACUAUGGUAAAAAAUAUGAAGGAGAAUCAAUGGACCUGCGUUUGGAUAUUGAGCGACGUAAAAAAUACCCCAAACGUGAGGGGGGGAAAGGUUCAGCCGGGUCACGCACCCCCAGCCACGAACAGUCUCCUGACAAACCCUCCAAACACAAGAAGUCCAAGAAAAGCAAGAAGAAGCGUGAGCGAUCUCCUUCCUCCUCCUCCUCCUCGUCUCCUUCUCCACAUCCGUACCGUCCUAGGGAGUACCAUGGUGAGGAGGUUGAGCAUGUGGAGAAAGGGGGCUUUGAUAAGUCCCGUCUAGGACCCAGAGAGUACCCAGGCCUUAUAGACCGUGGGCCCCGGGACUACGAGGGGGGCCACCUGGAGCGGGGCUAUGAGCGAGGAAGAGGGGGUUAUGAUCGCGGAGGAUACGACAGAGCGGGAUACGACAGAGGACGUGGGGGAUACGACCGGGGAUUUCCUAGAAUGAGAGGCAGAGGAUGGAACAGAGGAAAUUACCCUGGCAACAAUAACAAUGGAAACCCUGCCAAUAUGGGUGGUCCUAUACGGCCGCAGGAUGAGGAGUGGGACCCUGAAUAUACUCCUAAAAGCAGGAAGUACUUCCAGCAUGAUGACCGUGACCGAGAAGGAGAGAUGAAGUGGACAGACGGACGUGGCCGGGGACGUGGCCUCUAUCCUCGCAGUAGGGGUUCCUUCACCGUCCGCAGAGGAAGCAGCGGCAGCAGCCCCAAGUGGACCCACGACAUGUUCCAGGGGGCCACCGAGGAGGGCGAACUGCCCGACGACGGCACCGAUCACAGCCACAAAGAGGAAGAUAAAACAGCCGAGAGCGAAACGUCCAAACCCUAAACUGCACCACCUUCUCCAUCUCUUUUCCUCUGACCUCUUUGCAUUUCUGUUUUUUUUUUUUUGUUUUGUUUUUUUAUGGGGGGUUAAAACUGCAGUCAUAAGCCAUCAGAAACACCGGUGUCUCAGUGAGCUGGAUUGUACAAUACUGUUGCUUUUCUGUUGAGCCACUGUGUUUGUUGUCACUCUGAACCACUGUGAGUUUUAAUUUCUGUUUGAAGAUGGUAAACAGUCACACUUAGAACAACAAACUGUUUUUUUUUUUUUUUUUGUCGUCAGUGUAGUGAUUUCAUUGAUUUAACUAAAGUUGAUUUCUUUUUUAAUUUGUUUCUUUUUGGCUUUCUUUGCUUUCCAUUUUACAAAGUGCAGUCUAGAAAUGCACUUGUGCCUUAGAGCCGGGAACUGCAGUUAGGUCUCUCUCUCUCUCUCUCUCUCUCUCUCUCUCUCUCUCUCUCUCUCUCUCUCUCUCUCUCUCUCUCUCUCUCUCU